AUGGUAAGUGAUGGAAUAUUUCCAAGCCAUCAGCAGAAAAUGACACAUGUUCACAGCACCAGAGCUCCUCAGGGUGCUGGAAUUGUGACACGUGUCCUCGACACCAAAGUUCUUAAGAGUUCUGGAAUUACGACACGUGUACUUGACUCUAGAGUUCCUCGUUUCCAUCCGAUGGUAACACACGUCCUUGGCACUAGUGGUUCUACCGAGUCCUGCAAACGACACGUGUCCUCUUCAUAUACCCCUCGGAGUGCUCAGAUUGUGACACGUAUCCUUGAUUCAAUUCCCCUCGACACCGUAUGCGAUUGA